AUGUACUUUGAUGGGGCCAUGAAUAAGAGCGGAGCCGGUAUAGGGGUAGUUUUGGAAGCACCAAAUGGAGAACAAUUGUUAAUGUCAAAAAGGCUAUGUUUCCCAACCACUAAUAAUAUUGCAGAAUAUGAGGCUUGCAUUUGUGGCCUAGAGGCAUUAAUAGCUGUUGGGGCUAAAAAAGUGGAGGUGUUUGGAGAUUCAAUGCUAGUAGUUUCCCAUAUUAAAGGUGAAUGGGAAUUGAAAGAAGAAAAGUUGAGGCCAUACCUGGAGUAUGCUAAGAAACUAUUAUUUAGCUUUGAGGAAGUGACAAUUAAGCACAUGCCUAGAGCUCAGAACCAGAUGGCUGAUGCUCUAGCCACGCUGGCAUCCUUAUGGGAGAAGGGUGAUCAGAAGUUGACCCAGCCAGUUAUCCUGAUGAGGAGUAGAAUCCCAUGCUAUGAAGGGUUAAUAAUAGCACAUUUAGAUCUAGAAGAUGAGAUGAAACGGUAUGAGGACAUAAGAAGAUAUUUAGAGGUAAGAGAAUACCCACAGUCAGCCAAUAGUAGGGAUAGAGCUACAAUUCGUAGAUUAGCCACUCAGUUCACUUUGGCUGGGGGGCAACUCUACAAAAGGUUCUUCGAAGGACUAUUGCUCUUGUGUGUGACAAAAAAGCAGUCUGAGCAGAUAAUGGAGGAAGUACAUGCAGGAGUGUGUGGUCCUCACAUGAACGGAAGGACUGUGCUAAAUUUGUGA